GAAAUCUCGGCAUUCGGGUUUCUACGUUAAGUAGUAUUCUUCGGUCUUGGUUUAUAAUUUUAGACGACUAAACCAUCAUCAAUUAAACAUUUUUGAAUGAUAACAUAAUGAACAUUCAUUAAACCUCAGUAAAUAAUUCAUCAAUAUUUGACGUAUUACUUGUCAUGCGACAAAUACAAAAAGAACACAAUACUACGCAUCAUCCUGGAUGAUUAUCUAAGUCACUAUCGUUCACUGAAUCGUUUAUUUGGAUAUUAAUUGAGUAUCAAGAAUAAUGUCGUCGUUUUGCUAUAUAAUAAUACCUCUCAUUGUGAUCAUGGGAUUGUUAAGAAAAUGUCGAGAACGUACAUGGGGAAAGUGUAAAGACACAAGUAGUUUACUAGGUAAAGUUUUUCUUGUGACCGGUGCCAAUUCAGGGAUUGGCAAGGAAACCGUUCGUGAACUUGUAAGACGCGAAGCCCGGGUUAUUUUGGCUUGUAGAGAUGUUGAAAGUGCUCGGAAUACAAUUAUUCACAUCCGCAAGGAAAUUUCGACUGGAGAAAUGAUUCCCAUGGAAUUAGAUCUUGCAUCCUUAGCUUCCAUAAAAAAAUUUGCUGAACAAGUUCUUCGAGAUUUUUCUGAAAUUCAUGGAUUAAUUAAUAAUGCUGGAGUUUAUGUGCCACUAAAGGAUCAUGCUUUGACUAAAGAUGGCUUUGAAAUUCAUUUUGGAGUUAACCAUUUGGGACAUUUUCUUCUUACUAAUUUAUUAUUAGACAGACUUAAAUUAUCUGCUCCAAGCAGGAUUGUUGUUGUAACAUCAAAGCUUCUAGAAUCAGGAGUGAUUGACUUUUCAAAUUUAAACAGUGAAAAAGGAUUACCAACGAAGGGAAGAAUGAAUCCAGCUUAUUGCAAUUCAAAACUUGCAAAUGCCUACUUUGCUGUUGAAUUAGCGAAAAGAUUGGAAAAUACUGGAGUUAAUGUUUAUAUGGUUUGUCCUGGAUUCACAUAUACAGGAUUAUUUAGACAUGUUAAAAGAAGCUGGUUUCACUACAUCAUUUUCUCUCCAGUUGCUCUUCUCUUCCUACGUACUGCUUAUCAAGGCGCACAAACAGUCCUUCACUGUGCAACUGAUGCUUCCUUAUCAAACGAAAGUGGAUUGCUGUAUCGAGAUUGCAAAGUCUAUCAUUCCAAGAAAGAACUAAAACCAGAAAUAGCAUCGAAGCUUUGGGACAUAAGUGCUAGUCUUACUGGAGUUGAUAUUUCUAAAUAAAACUCAUUCUACUUAAAAUAAAUACGGAAGAAUGAAUGCAUAAAUGAUAAAAUAAAGUGGCAAAAAUGAAAGUAAAUGAGCAAGAGGUAAAAUAGUUAAGAUUUUUUUAUGUAAAUAAAAUAAGACAGAUUUCAAAUUCGAAGCCUCCAUUUUUAUAGAAGUAGUUUUAAAAAUUGCUAGAAUUUUUAUAGUUAAUAAUAACUAAUUCAAUAUUCCUUAUGAGAUUAUUGUAAUAAUAAGAUAAUAUUAAUACUGCUUGACAUG